UCAGACGCACCGUGCCAAUUACACAGUGUAUAUACAAAUGACGAUAAACUCACGCGGAGAUAAACAUUUGCUUGUUUUGCUUUUUUUUUUUUUUUUUUUUUUUUUUUUUUUUUUUUUUUUUUUUUUCCUUGUUUUAAUUUAGAGAGAAGGUGUUCAGUGCGCCUGUUCUACUUUCUAAUUGGACUCCCCCCCCACACACACACACACACCCACAGUGAGAGAGAGGGAGAGGGAGAGUCACUGAUUGCCUUCUAGUCAGCAAUACCUUGUCACUGGUGGUCAAUCGCUGCUGCUUUUUGAGCAUCACAGUCCACCCGAUGGGUACGGUACGUGCUUCGUUGUGCGUCACCCUGGGAAAGUGGCUCGGAGACGUGGUGGGGCUCUAAGUUGAAAUCAGAAGUGUCCCUGCAGCCUGCAGAUCACCGGCCAACAUGCGGCUGCAGAGGCACCUGUGAUCUGAGCGGCGGAUUAUCUUUUCUCUGCUGUUAUCUCUCAUUGUGUAACUUUACCACAGCCUGUCAGCUUUGAAUCGCUCCUGUAUAAAUUACUACAGUCACGUGUCACCCUCUGAGCCGCCAUGACCUCCAAGGACGACUCGAAAUUCCCUGCGGUGCUGGAGGAGCGAAGGCGCAGUCCGCUGGAUCAGCUCCCGCCGCCGGCCAACUCCAGCAAGCCGCUGACGCCUUUCAGCAUCGAGGACAUCCUCAACAAGCCGUCUGUGAGAAGGAGUUACUCCCUGAGCGGAACGGCGCACCUCCUCUCUCCCGGAGAGAGACUGCCCUCGGCGGGUCAAAGCCUGUCCAGUAGGGCGCUGCUGAGUCAGACCUCCCCACUCUGCGCGCUCGAGGAGCUGGCUAGUAAAACCUUCAAGGGCCUGGAGGUCAGCGUCCUGCAGGCUGCCGAGGGUCGAGACGGUUUGACACUCUUCGGCCAGAGGAACACCCCCAAGAAGCGGCGGAAGUCCCGGACGGCGUUUACCAAUCAUCAAAUCUAUGAGCUGGAAAAGCGCUUUCUGUACCAGAAGUACCUGAGUCCGUCGGACCGGGACCAGAUCGCCCAGCAGCUCGGUUUGACCAACGCGCAGGUCAUCACCUGGUUUCAGAAUCGGCGGGCCAAGCUCAAGCGUGAUCUAGAGGAAAUGAAAGCGGACGUGGAGUCCGCCAAGGCCGCAGGUGCUGUGGCCUUUGAGAAGCUCUCCAAGCUGGCCGAACUAGAGAAGUUCGCGGCGGGAGGUAUGGGCGGUAGGACGGUGUCCGCGCCAGACAAUACCGAGUCCGACGCGGUCUCCUCCAGGUCCCCGCACGACACCACCGCCGAGAGCCUUGACUCUGGCAGGCCGCACAUGUCUUCACCCGCAUCGUCGCGGUACACAGACCUCACCAGCAAGUUCUGCUCGGAGGAUGAAGAAGAGGAGAUUGACGUGGACGACUAAAGAAGGCAGCCGGAUGAAGAGCCAAAUAACGCGAUAUCUGCAGACAGAAACUCUGGCUUUGCCAGUGUGUCACCCUGCGCUCACGGACAUGGAGCGAUGCAACCUUCCAGUGCUUUGAUUUGAGAGAAGCCAGUGGUCUACUACUUUCUGCUGAACGGAAAAAUAUGACACAUAAACAUGCAAACAGGCAAACAGAGAGACGGUCAGAGGGAAAACAGAUGGGUUCUGUUUAAAAUUACGAAGAUAUUUCACCGCAUGUUUCAGUUGCCUUUAUUUUGAAACGGUUGAGAAGGCUUCUACAAAUCCUUUUUAUAAGCUCGUGCCGAGUGUUUUUGAUAUAUUAAUUGUUCUGAAACGAACCUAAUCACAAAGAGAAAAUGUAUAGCU